AUGUUAUGGUGGAAACAACUCGAAAGCGUCCAAGAAAACGUUAUGAUGAUUGAAAGGGAAGAACAAAGGAAAAGAGAGUUCAUCGACAAUACAACAGUAACGUUGACGCUUCCCUCCAUAGAUCCUGUGCUACAUGAUAAUUUAUUGAUAACUAAUUUAGAGCAUGUAAAAACAUUGCAAGCUUCUUUAUUUCCCAUAUAUAACAGAGGAACAUUUAUAUCAAAUUUUCUUCAAAAUAACAUUAAAACUAAUCAACUAGAAAUUAACACUGAUAUAAGAACAUUUCGAACCACUGCGAAACUCAGAGAACCACGAGAUUUAUUUGCACUUCCAAAGGAACUUGAUUGUCCCCAACAAGCACCGCGAUGGCCAUCAGAAUGUCAAGUGGUUGAAGAAAGGAUACAACAUACAUCAUGGAAUCCAGCAACACCAGAGCCUUACUACACACCAACUGGAAAGGAAUUGAGACCCCAACCAGUUGGGGAAGAUGCUGGAACGGUUAUCUUUCAAUAUUACCCGAUGAGUGCGGUCAAUUAUUUCAGUCGUUCCACUGUUGGUGGUUCUCGGCUAUAUUUAUCAGCAUGUGCAACUGCUAGUGGAGAUGAUGAACUAAGAUUUGAAUCUCGAUUUGAAAGUGGAAAUCUAGCAAAAGCAAUACGCAUCACCUCAGAAUAUUACGAAUUACAUCUUCGGACAGAUCUAUAUACUAAUAGACACAUGCAAUGGUUUUACUUCAGGGUUACGAAUACGAAAAAACAAAUGAUGUAUCGAUUCUCCAUAGUGAAUUUAUCGAAAGCAGAAAGUUUAUAUAACGAAGGCAUGCGACCUUUAUUAUACUCAACAAAAGACGCUCAAUUACAUUCUAUAGGUUGGAGACGAUGUGGUGAUAAUAUAGCAUAUUAUAAAAACGACUCUACGUCAGAAGAGGAAGAGCAAUUUCCCAGCUACACGUUGACUUUUAACAUAGAAUUUCCUCAUACGGAUGAUGCGGUAUACAUUGCUCAUUGUUAUCCAUACACAUAUUCAGAUUUACAAGAAUAUCUGUCGCGACUUCAAGCACACCCAAUCAAAUCAACCUAUUCAAAAUUAAGACUUUUAUGUAGAACGCUAGCUGGUAAUAAUGUUUAUUAUUUAACCAUUACUGCUCCUCCGAACACAAAUGAAUUGGAACAGAAGAAAAAGAAAGCUGUCAUAAUAACAGCAAGAGUACACCCAGGAGAAACUCCUUCGUCCUGGAUGAUGAAAGGAUUCAUGGAUUACUUAACAGGGGAUUCCAAUCAAGCGCGCGAAUUGCGAGAGAAAUUUAUAUUUAAAUUAGUGCCUAUGUUAAAUCCGGACGGUGUAAUUGUUGGUAACAAUCGGUGUUCAUUGACCGGAAAGGACCUAAAUAGACAAUAUCGAACUGUCAUAAGAGAAACUUACCCUUCUGUAUGGCACACUAAAGUAAUGAUUAGAAGGUUACAAGAAGAAUGCGGCGUAGCAAUGUACAUAGAUUUACAUGCGCACUCUCGAAAACACAAUGUUUUCAUUUACGGAUGUGAAAGCCGUCGAAAUUCUGAUAAAAGAUUGCAGGAACAAGUAUUUCCGUUAAUGUUACAUAAAAAUGCAGCAGACAAGUUUUCAUUUGAAAAUUGUAAAUUCCGAAUACAACGCAGUAAAGAAGGUACCGGUCGAGUAGUAGUCUGGAUGUUGGGGGUGGCAAACAGUUACACAAUGGAAGCCUCUUUUGGAGGAUCUGAAUUAGGAAGUAGAAUGUCAACACAUUUCUCAGUCCAAGAUUAUGAAAGUUUAGGAAGAACAUUUUGUGAAACGUUAUUAGAUUUCUAUGACGAGGGUCCUAGCAAAGAAAGACUAAGAACAAAAAUUGUGACGCGCCUUUUAAAAGAGGGAUCAAAUGCCGAUGAACCUACUAACAUAGAUCUCUCCGACUAUUCAAGUGACGAGGGUGAUACAUCCAGUAGCAGUUCUGAAGCGGGAACUUGCAAUGAAAUUAUUACUCAACCAGCACCACCUCCGUCACCAAUGUUUCCAGAUAUAGACAAAAACACAACCGACAAAUCAAGAAAACAACGCCCUAAAUUAGAAAAAAUGAAAAGAAUCGAAAAAAAGAAAACUAAACGUGAAACAUUACAGGUAUCAAGGGCAACAAUAGACCUUACAUCAGACGCAAUGACAGACGCUUCGUCGGAUGAAUCAUGUGAAGAUAGCCUGAGCCCAGUUAGGCGAGUUCAUAAGUUUCUACAUUCUUCUACGAAAUCAAAGCCGCGAAGAAAGAAAAAAAUGCCACCAGAACUUAAAAUAAUACCAGCACCGACAAGCGACUCACCAUACCACUCUGAUCGGGAGAAAAAAAUCAAGAAAUGUGGUAGACCUCGCAGUGUUUCGAUGUUUAAUGAAUCAAUCGAGAAGUCUAAAUUGAAUCCAGCAUCGUGGCAUCAGUUUCGAUGCCUACCGCCUCCUAAAUGCCUGUCAGAUAUUAAAAACAAGAAUACGCUAACACAACCAUCAGAACUACAAGUAAAGUUAAGUACACUUAAAAGGAAUGUAUGGACUGGCGUGCAUGGCGAGGACAAAGGGCCAUUAUCUUGGGGAAUCUCCAGUUUUGCUAUGAACUCAUACUUUACAGAUAGUGAAGCAUUGUUAAGGUAAAUAAUAAUACACAGGUCAUGUUCAAAAAAAUUAGAAGAACUAGAAGGAGAAAGGAAAAAGAAUAGUGAUGAGAAAAAAAAGAAAAAAACUAAAAGCAAAAAAAAUACUGUAAAAGUAACUAACUUUGGGGAAGAUAUGCAAGAACCUCUAAAUAAAUUACCAAAGACUUGUAAAAAGAAAGGAAAGUUAAAACAUGCAAAAUCGGAAUGCUCACCAUAUGUUAGCAACACUAGUUUUACUGACAUACCUCGAAACACAUCAGUACAGAAAACAAAUCUCUGUGACAAUAAACAAGCAAAAACCCGAUUUAGAAAAGGUGCCUUUGUAACAACCGCUAUACAAACAAAAAAAUCAAGCAAUAAAAGUAAUAUUACGAUAAUGUCAGAUCACUCUGACUCAGAUGACUCCAGCCAGUCCACAAAAAAAGUAAAAAAGAAAUCAAAGACAAUAAAACCGAAAUUUAAAAAAUCUGCUUCAGAAAUUAAAUCAAAACAUUAAACCACCUUUUUAAUUUUCAUA